CCUGCUAAUAUCGUCGCCACCUCUAAAAAUCUUUGCUAAGAAAAAAAAAAAAGUAAAUUGUCGUUUCACCAUCGUGAUGAAUUCAUUUAUUCGCCAGCCUAUGCCUAUGGCACACACGUAAAAGUAUUCUUUUCAUCCUCUGCACGGUCUGACUGGUGAAUUCCAGGAACCUCCACCAGCACAAGCACUACCGCAGGCUUUGGUUUGCUUGGUCAAAAGGCGUGCUCUCUUCUCCUCUCUUCCCAUGGAACAAAUGUAAGCCAUGGAUUUCUUGUCUCCCAAGCCACCAGGUUGCUUGCAUUCUUGCAUUCUCUCACACCCAAAUCUGCGUUUUAUCAUAGGAUGACUUUUAGGUAAGAUUAAUUGGGGUCAUGCAAUAUUUGAAAUCCUGUCAGUGAGAAGCUUUGACUUUAAUAUCCAGGGCUGGUAUUACUGCUGGUCAGUAACAUGGGGAGGUUGUUUCUGGUACAGCUUAAGGGGCGGAUUUAUGUCUGCAAGUCCUGUAACAACCAUCUUGCAAAUAUUGAUGAGGUUGUCUCUAAGACGUUUCAUUGCCGGCAUGGGAAGGCCUAUCUCUUUAACACUGUUGUGAAUGUAUCUACUGGGGUAGUAGAGGACAGAAUGAUGACAACUGGAAUGCACACUGUCACUGACAUCUACUGUAACACAUGUCAUCAAAUUGUUGGUUGGAAAUAUGAAGUUGCACACGAGAAGAGUCAGAAGUAUAAAGAAGGAAAGUUUAUUUUGGAAAGGAAUAAAUUAGUGGAUUGCGAUGGGACAGAUGUGAUUAUGGGUGUUCAAGGGGCUGGGAGUGACAUUGAUGAUCCAUGACUGCAAAAUAUCAAAUUUCUGAAUGGAUACCAUAUUCUGAAUACUGUUGCAUGCUACCUUAAUUAAAACUAUUCUUGAUUGAAAUGACUUUCUGUAUAUUCCAUUAAUUUGUACAAAAUUUUUUUGGGAAUCAGAAAUCGAAGAUUCUGUUCCCACAUUAAGGCUGAAAAAGAGUGAAUACUUUGUGAGCAUUGUGAGAUCUGUAUCAGCUAACUGUUUUCCUUUGUUCAUUAUGUAUAGGAUAUUGGAUAACUGAAAUUUCAUUGGGAUUGUGAAGGACAAACCUUCGGCUUGAAAGUUUAUAUGUAUAUGUACAUAUAUAUUAUAUAUGGCAGAAAAGAGUUCAUCUUGAAUCGACAUUAGGAAUAACAUGGAAGUUCAUGUUAGAUGCUAUAAAUGCAUUUGGCUUUCUGGGUUUCUUUAGUAGCCCUCAAAGCAUCUCAAGGCUGACUUUUAAGAAACGAUUUUCACUGAGUUUUGGAUGUAAGUUGUAUGCAAUUGGCAUGUGGAUUGCUUUAGUCACCUAAUUGACAACUUGAGAUACCUUUUUCUUAA